CAAAGGAAAAGAAAAUUAAUGAAAAAAAAAAAAGCUAGUAAAUUCCAAUUUAAAACUAGCAUGUUCAAGAUUUUAAUAUGGACCCCUCAAGCCUUCUAUAUAUUUAAGCAAGCAUACCCUAUGUCAUAGGUCAUUCACAUACUUAAAAGCAUAUCUAUGUUCAAGCAUAUCUAAGUUCUUGAACAAAAAGAGAAAUCAGAAGAGAACCCUCCCUCAUUCUAUUCACUACUUUAGGAACUCCAAAUUUGUCAACUUUACCAGGUUUUUUUCUCCCCAUCUCUUGUCUACAAAGUUUUUCUCCAAAUGAGGCCUUCAUUGUUAGUCUCUCUUCUACUUCUGUCCAUUCUCUUUUAUGAGGCUCAAGGUAUUCGCUUAAAGAAAGAAUUUGCAUCAAUGGAGCUUCACAAAGUCCAUGAAGGUAGCGUAAUCAAAACAAGUAAUGGUGGUGUGGGAGAGGUGAUUCUCUGCAAAGAUGGACAAUGUUCAGGAAACUCUAGAAAACUUAUGACCAAGACAACUUCUAGCACUACCACUACUUCAAAGAAUGACAAGAAUGGAGGGAAUAAACAACUGAGUUCUUCGUCGGUUUCUGAACACCGGGAGGCCACCUCCGAGCCAUAUCCGGACAGUUUAGACAUAGCUGGGAUGGAUUAUGCACUAGCAAGGAGAAAACCUCCAAUACACAACUGAGAGUUAAUGGAGAUCGACAACUAAACAUGAAAAGAAAAUAGUAUUUAGAAAUUAAGAUACAAAUUAAGGGAAUACAAGUUAGACAGCAUUAAAGAAAUGCUGCAGUGUUUUAGGGUUAGGAAGAUUUUGUACAUAAUGUAUUGGUAUUUUUGUAUUAUAUAUUGUUUAAUGGUUUAGUCAUAAGUCGAUCAUAUAUAGGCUUUGUAACCCAUAUAAUAAUAAUACUUGAAAAUAUCAGGACAGCAUCAGUUCAAUGCUUCUCUUUUCCCUUUAA